AUGUUCAUCCCACGCUGAUAGUCCCACAAGUGCCCUGACACCCAUUUUAGCUCCGACCAAGUGCAACGUCAUGUUCGCCAUGCCCCGGUUGCGCUUCGCCGCGGGCGCAGCACUGUCAGCACUGUGUGCCACAGAAGUGACACGCCGAAAGCGGGCGAACGAGGUGGGAUUUCCUCAGCGCGGCAGCUUUAAUGCGGCGCGCUGCGAGGGAUGUCCCUUCGGGGGAGCGCAGGCGCCACCCACCCGGCACGCAGCGCACGCAGCGCACGCUGCGCACGCGUCGCCGGUGGAGGGGCGCGACUUCGCGGUGUUUCGACGCCAGGGAACGACGGCCAAGGAGGCAUCCACAGCGAAGAAGUUCCAAUUGGAGGCCGUGGAAAAGGCGCGUUCCCUUGUGAAACAGGUGAAGUUUCAGGAACUGCUGGAUGAGUUGUUUCAAUCCUCGCGUGGAGCACCCCACGCAGUGCUUCUGGGGGAAGUUCACGACGACCCGGUGACGCAUUUGCUACAGCUGGCGGUGUUAAAACACCUGGGUCGAUGCUCUCGUGAAGACGACCGAAGGUUGGUCCUAUCCAUGAAGAUGUUUGAGAUGGACGUGCAGAACGUCUUGGACGAGUAUGUCCUGCACCAAGCCAUUCGUGAGGAGGAUAUGCUGCUGGACACCCGUCCUUGGGGCAACUACCUCACGGAUUACAGGCCUUUGGUGCAGUUCUGUCGAGACGAAGGGAUUCGCGUCAUUGCAGUGGCCUGGUGUCGUUUCGGUCGCGACGGUGGAGGGGCCAAUGCGCCCAGACGCUACGUCUCCCUGGUCUCGCGCAACGGAACGGAGGGCCUUGCGGAUCUUCAGGCGAUGUGGAAAUUACCGCUGCCUUCUUUCCCUCUUCCACCUCCUAGCCCUGCGUAUCGGCGAAAGUUUGAAGAGACCAUGUCGAUGCCAGCGCUGCAGACGAAGACUGGCGACGAUUUGCGCAGCGUGCGACCUGAAACCAUGCAGGCGCAGCUGCUUUGGGAUCACGCCAUGGCAAAGUCCGUGGCCAACGCCUUGCAGGAUCCCCAGGUGCCCUUGGUGCUACACGUCUGUGGCGCCUUCCAUUGCGCCCAUGGUUUGGGCAUUCCCGUAUUGGUCAACGUCCACGUCGAUGCCUCAGCUCUGACAUUAGAGGAACUUAGUGGCCCCAGAAGGAAGCCUGGGAACGUAGCUGACAGUGGCGACAGCGGAAGGGAGGUCGUGGGGCCCAAAGCGUGCCCCGAAGGAGUGCCUGGGCAGGUCAUAUGUGAGGGCUUUCCCCCUCCACCGACUGCUCUGGGCUCACCGGCUAGGGAAAGAGCACUGGAACAGUUAGCGGACUUUGCCAAACGGUUCCAGGAAGUCAUAGAGAUGCGCUGGAGGGAUGAUGAUAUUGCAACAAUUGAGGAUCUUGCUGGGGCCUGCGCGAAGGAGAUGUUGUGGGACUGUCCUGCCUUCGGCAUUUUGGGAGGUGAUUUGUACCUGCCGCAGGUCUGUGAUCAUCUUUUGUGUCUUUUGAAGCCAGUUUCUGCGGACGGGUUGCUUCCAACGCAGCCAGGUACCUGUCGGAUUUGGGAACCCUUUGUGGCUGCAGAUACGACGCAAGUGUGCAUCAUGGUUGCGUAUAUUCAAUGCUUGGGCUUGUCGGACAAACAAUUGCUGGUAGUGACCCUUCACUCCCUGUUUCAAGAGUUGUAUGAGUCCUUGCGACAGGCGAGUGCGCACAUGAGCAUACAAGCACUUCCCACCCCCGAGCUUCACACCAUGGUGACUGAGUUCUUGACACAACUGAGUUCAUUGUGCCAGGACAAUGUCCGCAGGAUCACCCAACGCCGUCCAAGACCCUGCAAGUGGUUUGAAGCUCAUUCAGAGUAUCAUGAGUUGAGAGAUUGCUGGUCACGGAUUUCAGCUCAAGCGUCCGAGAUCGCGUCUGAGGUAGCCAAGCUGCCUCCCAUUGCUGACGCCCCUGAUGUCCCUGAGACCCAAGACUCAUGGAGUCUUGUCUCAGCCAGUUGCAGGGAUGUAGAGAUUGCCAGUCUGGCAUCUCAUCAGUCAAAUCACAGCCAGACCUCAUGCCUCUCGGCAUAUGGUGGACCGCAUUGCUUUUUGUCGGCCUACCUGUUCAAGCAUUUUCAGCCUGCUGAAUCUUCGUCAGUGGUUCUGGUUUCUGCAAAGGAGCAGGAGAAGAAGGAGGAGGAAAAGAAGAAGAAGGAGGACGAGGAGGAAGAGAAAGAUCUCCAGAAGGGCUCCAAACUCCUUGCCGCAGAUGGCACGCCCAUAGAGGUGCUAAAGGUUGAAGUUCAGAAGACCAAGAAACUUCUGGAUUUGGAGAUAACAGAUGCGUUGCCGUUCACCACCACCUUGAACCACCGCAUAAUGGUUCCAUCAGAUGAUGAUGAUGACACCACCGUCAAAGCCAUCGACCUGAAAGUCGGGAGUUGGGUCAUGUGCAGUGACCACAUGGCAAAGAAGGUUAUCGGAAAGAGGGAAUAUCUUGUCGAAGAGCAAGAUGUGUUGGCCAUCACCUUCCUUCCCGAUAAGGCAGUGGCUUGCUUCCUACCACCUGAACAGCCGGUGCUGUUGACGAAAGGCCUGACUCCGAAACCCAUCCGUCGUGGUGGCAUGACCGGACGUGCUGCCAACCAGGAGGUGACCUCGGUGGUCUGUUGGCCCGCCAGCGUCAGCGCCACGCUGGCGGAGGUGCGCUCGGGCCGCGUGCCGCGGCCGCUGGGCGCCAUGGGCGACUGGGUGAUCAUUACGGAGGAAACCUUUGCAGAGCAGGAGCGCCCUGACCGCCGGACAGCGCGGUUGCGGCGACAGGGCAACGUCGGACGCGAGUCCGGGAUUCUGAUCUGGACUUUCGGCGGCGCCGGCGGCGUGAGUGAGACGAUUCCCGCCGUUCACGAUGAGCAGAGUCGGGUUUUCAAGGACAUCAAAUCGGGCUUGUCCCAACAUUUGGACCCACA